CUACUUCUUCUUUCAUCGCUCCCGACACAGGCACACACGCACAGGCACGCGCGCGCGUUCCUCGACUCACCGACGAAAACCAUCCCCAUCCCCGUUCCAUUGUACCCUUAUACAUAUGGUUUUGUGUGAGUAUAUGCGUGUAUAUUAGAGAUCGUAACGUCGACUCGAAAUCGUGCUCGAACAUUGCCUCCGUCUCGGUCUCUUUCUCUCGCACGCGUGAACGACCCACGAACCGCGCCAACGAGCCAACUGGGAGGAGGGUGUUGCGAAACCUCGACGUCAAGACAUCCCCGGAGCCAGGUCGAAACGAGUCGGGAAUCAUCGAACCGCUACACAAGUCCGAGUCAGAAUCCGAACUCGGAGUCGUUCUCCUCGUCAACCGAGUCGCCUCGCAGCCCGCCCUUGCUUAUUAUUACGAAAUUACGUGCUGACCUCAUGUACUACUAGAGAUGUUUGACUCUUAAGCCAAAUCGGAGGAUGGGCACAGGAGACCGGUUGCUUGAUAUUCCCUGCAAGGUAUGCGAUGACCGAAGUUCUGGAAAACACUACGGCAUUUACAGUUGCGACGGCUGCUCGGGUUUCUUCAAACGUAGCAUUCACAACGAUCGUAAAUACACGUGUAAAUCUCAUGAAGCGAUUACCGGCCAUUGUCCAAUCGACAAGAUCCACAGAAAUCAGUGUCGAGCUUGUCGUCUCAACAAGUGUUUCCAAGUUGGUAUGAACAGAGACGUACAACACGAACGGGGUCCGAGAAAACCAAAACCCCAUCCAGGAAUGGCGGGGAAACUUCCUCAUUCCGUAACGCCGACUCAUCACGAGGUAGCACCUCGGGUCGAUUUGAACUCGAACUCUUUGUCGCACCAUCGGACUUUUGUCAGCCAACUCUCACCCCCAUUGGUGCCAAACUUUGGCCGCGAUGCGAUAAUGGUUGAUAUUAAUGCCGCAAAUUUGUCCCAUCACCGGCGAAUGAGAUGCGCGCAAAGGCCAUCGCCUUAUUCCCGACCGGUUUCACGGCUUCAAAAACCACCCGACGACUCGACCUCGCCGACGCCGCUCGCUCUUCAAUAUCCUCCGCCCUACGCGAGUCUUUCACAUCCAGCGGCGUUCGCGUUUGGACAACAACCUCCUCUUCUGCAGAUCAUCAUGUCCGCGGAAAAAUACCAGGAAUCCGUGUGGAAAUCGCGACCGGAUGCCGAAAGUUCUUUCGAGCAUACGGAAUCCGAAACGAGUCGUAGUCCGGACGGAACUUUACCGAGCGCAAUUUUAACUUGGGAACUUUUGCAAGAGACCACAGCGAGACUCCUCUUUAUGGCCGUUCGAUGGGUUCGAUGUUUGAUGCACUUUCAAACGUUAUCAAAGGAUGACGAGCUACUUUUACUUCGGCAAACGUGGACGCAACUUUUUCUACUUCAUCUGGCACAGUGGUCCAUGUCCCGAGAUAUUUCUGGACUUCUCGACGACGAGCAGGUCCGCAGGAGAUUACCCCCUGAACAAUCUUCGCGGGAAGAAAUUAUGACCAUUAAGGAAAUAAUGAGUAGGUUUCGUCAAUUGUCACCCGACAGCGUUGAAUGCGGAUCGAUGAAAGCCGUUGUACUUUUUACUCCAGAAACCCGAGGGUUGUCGGACUCGAAAUUAGUCGAGGCGCUCCAAGAUGAGGCACAGUGUGGCCUCGGUGAAUACGUAAGAUUUCGUUACCCCGGACAAGCAGCGCGUUUCGGAAGGUUUCUUCUGCUUCUACCCAGUCUUCAGGCGGUUAAACCAUCCACGGUUGAACUCUUAUUUUUCCGUGAGACAAUCGGUGCAAUACCAAUAGCACGAUUACUCGGGGAUAUGUAUCAGAUGGAGCAUCAUCAAAACGCUGAUGUUCCAUUGAACUUCCGGGGAGGAUUUCAAGAAACGAUUGAUCGUGAACGUGAAUCGCCGUCUCACACGAUUCAAGUUACAAAUUAAAAGUUCGAAGGAAUACGACGAUUUUUUCCAAGUGCAAUUGAAGACACACGUCAAAGGGGGGAUUCUUCAAGAACGAGGCAAGAAAGAACGCAAUUAGUCGAUAAGAAUUUUUCGUUAUUCGAUAUUACUUUGACUUUUGUGACAAAUGUUGAUUGAUAUAGAAAAGAAGGAAAAACAGAAAUUUCCGUCAAGGAUGGUAGGUUUCCUCGAAUAAUAUCAAUCAUUCGUUGGUAUACAAAUCAAAUUGACUUCUCUUUCCGCCUUUUAUCUUAUCAUUAUCAAAUCCAAACUGUGAUACUUAAUAAAAAGAAAAACUAGAACAGAAAAUAAGUUCUGCUCUACCGUGUGACUAAUUUACUGCGAUGGUCGAUGGGAUUGUAGAGAAAGGGAGGAGAGAACCAUUUUAGCGAAGUGAAAUAUCGAUGUUCGUCGAAGAAAAAAUAAUUACGAUUACAAUGUAGAAAUAUCAAAUGUGAAUCGCGAAUUAGACACUCUAGCCCAUAGUUUUUUUUCUGUCGAGAAAAAAGAGAAAAAGGAAAUCGAUUUCGCAUUGCGGCGUUUAUUAAUUAUAAAUGAAUAAAUGUUGUUACAGUACGUAUCUUAAAUGAGUCUUAUAGUUGUACAUGUCUUUUGCUGUAAAUUAAAAUUAAUGUAUAAAUGUCUUAUCCGAACGAUGUAUGGAAGAUGCGCUAAUAAAAAAUGAAAACAGA